UUUCUUCUCUGUGGACAUGAAAGUGGGGAACUUCACCAUCCUGACUGAGUUCGUCUUGGUGGGCUUGUCGGCAAACCCCCAGUGGCAGCCAAUUCUAUUUGUACUGUUUCUGAUCCUCUACUUAAUAACCUUGUCAGGGAACGUGACCCUGGUUAUCUUAAUUCGUAUUGAUUCCCGCCUGCACACACCUAUGUACUUCUUCAUUGGCAAUCUGUCUUUUUUGGAUUUUUGGUACACCUCUGUGUACACUCCCCAAAUCCUGGCCAGUUGUGUCUCGGAGGAUAAACGCAUUUCCUUGGCUGGGUGUGGAGCCCAGCUGUUCUUCUCCUGUGUUGUAGCCUACACGGAGUGCUAUCUCCUGGCCGCCAUGGCGUAUGACCGCCACAUGGCCAUCUGUAACCCAUUACUUUAUUCCAGCGCCAUGUCCAGCUCCCUGUGUGCUGGACUGGUUGCUGCCUCCUACAUAGGAGGAUUCUUAAACGCCAUAGCCCACACUGCCAACACUUUCCGCCUGAGUUUUUGUGGUAAAAAUAUCAUUGACCACUUCUUCUGUGAUGCACCACCAUUGGUAAAAAUGUCUUGUACAGACACCCAGGUCUACGAAAAAGUCCUCCUGGGUGUGGUGGGCUUCACAGUCCUCUCCAGCAUUCUCACCAUCCUGAUUUCCUAUUUCAACAUCCUUCUUGCUAUUCUGAGGAUCCGCUCGGCCUCUGGGCGGCGCAAGGCCUUCUCCACCUGCGCUUCGCACCUCCUCUCGGUCAUGUUCUUCUAUGGAUCCUUGCUCUUCAUGUAUUCAAGGCCAAGCUCCACCUACUCUCUGGAGAAAGACAAAGUGGCUGCCCUGUUCUACACUGUGGUCAACCCAUUGCUCAACCCUAUCAUCUAUAGCCUGAGAAACAAAGAUGUCAAAGAGGCCUUCUGGAAAGCAACACGGACCAUAAGGCCACAGAGAUGA